AUGUCACUCCAAGCCGUAUUAUGGAUCGUACUUACAGCACAGCUGAGUUUGGGACACGGUUAUUUUGAAAACAAUCACAGGCACGAGGACCACAAAGGUCCUGUGCAUCACAAGAACUGGAUUCGCAACGAAAGGAUGGACAACAAUGGGCUGUACUGGCUGAAAUGGUGGAUAAAUGCCACAGAGAAUACGAUUUACUUUGAGGUGACUGUUCAAACCCGAGGAUUUGCUGGACUGGGUUUUUCCAAGGACGGUCGAAUGGGAAAGGCAGAUAUGGUGCUGCUGUGGGUUGAUGAUACCACGGAACAAGCGAAUGUGCUGGAUUGUCAUGGUCCGCAGGAUCCUGCAAACGGCCCUUCGCUGCAGGACGAUACACAAAACUACGAUGUGAUAGAAGGUUACCAGAAUGCAACUCAUACAAGUUUAACAUUCAAACGUAAAAUUGAAACCUGCGACCCAUUCGAUAUUCCAUUUUCGGCGGAUACUUUUAAAGUACUUUGGUCUAUCGGCGAUGCGGAUCCUUUGCACGGCAGCUUGGAUUGGCAUGGGCAGAGUAAAGGCGUAAAAUCCUUGCGAUUAUUUUCACCAAUGUUCUCGAAAGAUAGUCGCAGUCCAAAUUCGAUGACAUUCGAUAUGUCGGCCAUACAAAACUGGGAUAUUACCGUGAGCAAUGUAACCAUUAAACGAUCAAUGGAUACCCUAUACUGGUGUAAAAUCGUAAGAAUACCGGAGCUAACUAAGAAGCAACAUAUUAUUGGGUAUGAGCCCCUGUUGUCGGGGAAAUACGAUCGAAAUAUGGUUCACCACAUGACACUGUUUGAGUGCCAGACGAAGUUGUAUCCUGGAAGCGAUCCUGCAUCCUGGGACAUCUGGGUCAGAAGUUCCGGCACGGUGUGUAAUAGUAACCUACUGACACCGCGUGAUUGGGACUCCUGCUCCACGCCCGUUGCUGUUUGGUCGGCGGGAUCUGAUGGACAGUUUCUACCGCCCCAUGCUGGAAUUCCAAUGGGAGGUGCAUCCGGAGCUAGCUAUUAUAUGCUAGAAAUACACUAUGACAAUCCGAAUGGAAAAAUCUCUGUUGAUCAUUCGGGAUUUCGGAUACAUUACACUCCGCAUCUGCGAACCCACGAUGCGGGAAUCAUGAUAACUGGCGUCUCCAUUUCGGACACUCAACUCAUCCCGCCUGGUCAGAAAAGGUAUCGAAACGUCGGCAUUUGUGGACCCUCCUGUUCGAGCGUGAUGUUUCCCGAGGACGGCAUUAAAAUAAUUUCUGGAACCCUCCAUUCACAUCAAGCCGGUCGGGAAAUAAGUCUUCGACAUGUUCGUGAAGGUAAAGAGUUAAAGCAGAUCAUUGCUGACCAAAACUACGAUUACAGACAUCAAAAAGUCCACCAACUUGCUAACGAAACGGUUGUUCUACCUGGAGAUUACCUAAUUACAGACUGUUCUUAUGAGACAAAACUUAGAAAAAGACCCACUUUCGGGGGUUAUUCAACGAAAGAAGAAGUUUGUCUUACCUUCCUUACUUAUUACCCCAAAAUUGAGUUGUCUGGUUGUUAUAGUAUGACACCGGUGCGCGAGUUUUUCGAGAUGUUCGGUGUUUACCAAUUCUAUUCGUUAAAUAUGACCGAUAUUGAGAACAUGUUUCUUUACAAUGGUGACUACAUUGACUAUAGUACAAAUACAAGGAACACGACAGCGAAACCAAAGAACGGAAAAACGUCCAAUGAGGAUGUUACUUACCAAGAGUCCUUGUUAAAUAAACUUGUUAUAUCCGAUCCUCCCGAGUUUCACGAUCGCACAUUUUUAUCGCAUUUAAAUCAAUUGCCCUGGUUUGAUCCUCUUUUUACCAAAAAUGUAGAGCAAGAAUUUAUUACUGGGAAACAUAUGACGUUUUGUCGAGUUUCUAAUGAUUCAAUAUCAAUUUCAUCGGAGAUUAUUCGGUUCCCCGAAUUUACUGCGUUCGUGAAGCCACCCACAGCCUGUUUAAACUAUUUUUUCGCUGAUAAUGAAGAACUUCGUUCAGGCGGUUCAAGACUUCUUACAGAUUUUACUUUUAGCCUACUUCUAAUUAAAACUGGCUUGCAACAAACUCUUUUGUAGGAGUACAGUAUUAUUUAUAACUUGAUUCUCAGAUACAUAAACAAUGGUGCGGUCAAAAAAUGCUAACUUACCAAUAAUAAAUUUUUCAGGUAUAUU